CUGCUGCCCACGGAGAAUUGCAAUUGCAAGUAGCGCUGCUAGGAGAGAAAUUGGUCGCUGGCCUGGGAGCGGAGGUACAUAGCUUAACUAUGGACUCGUCCUCAUCAGCGGCGCCGUGAGACAGCAGUCACAACGCAGCAGCAAUGGCCUCCCUUUUCAAGCUCGCCUCGCUGCUCCUCGCGGUGGCACCAGCAGUAGCAUCCUACGACCUCAUCCGCAGACAAGCCGCCUCCAAUGCGACCUACAAAGACCCCAAUGCCUCUGUUGAUGACAGGGUAGCAGACCUGCUCUCGCGGAUGACGAUAGAAGAAAAGACCGCUCAACUCAUCCAAGGCGACUUCUCAAGCUGGAUAAACACGACCUCCAACGCCUUCAAUGCCUCGGGCCUUGCCUGGAACAUGGCGAACCGCGCAGGCCAAUUCUACGUCGGCUACGCCAUCCCUCCCUCUUGGGUCGCCGGAGGCGUCAAGAAAGCGCAGGACUACCUCGUCCAUAACACGACCCUCGGCAUCCCCGCCUUCGUCCAAACCGAAGGCAUCCACGGCCUGCUGAUUGGCAACGCCACCAUCUUCAACAGCCCCAUCGCGCAAGCCUGCUCCUGGGACCCUGCCCUCAUCGAAAAAAUGGCCGCCAUCAUCGCCGCCGAGUCCAAAACCAUCGGCGUAAACCAAGUCUUCGCCCCCCUCGCAGAUCUAGCCCGCGAACCCCGCUACGGCCGUGUCGAAGAGACGUACGGCGAAGAUGCGCAUCUGGUGGGCGAGAUGGCCUACGCCUACGUCGUAGGCGUGCAGAACCACUCCGUCGCCGCGACAAUCAAGCACUUUGCGGGCUUCUCGGCGCCGGAGCAGGGGCUCAACACGGGGCCGGUGCACGGCGGCGAGCGCGAGCUGCGCACGACGUGGCUGCCGUCGUUCAAGCGGGCCAUCAUCGACGCGGGGGCGUACAGCAUCAUGGGUUCGUACAAUUCGUAUGAUGGGGUGCCGACGAUUGCGGACUACCACAUGAUGACGGAGAUCCUGCGUGAGGAAUGGGGAUACAAGUACUACCUCACGAGCGACGCGGGGGCGACGGACAGACUGUGCUGCGCGUUCAAGAUGUGCAGUUGCACGCCGCGGGGUGGCGGGCAGAGAGAUGCUGUUGAUGGCGAGGCGAUCACGUUGUAUGCGCUGCCGGCCGGGAACGACGUCGAGAUGGGCGGGGGCAGCUACAACUUCGCCAACAUCCCCGAGCUCGUCGAGGCGGGCAAACUCGAUAUCAAAGUCGUCGACACAGCCGUCGCACGCCAGCUCCGCGCCAAGUUCGCGCUGGGUCUGUUCGAGAACCCAUACCCAGGCCUGGCAGCCAGCAACGCGACCAACGGCACAAGCGGCUUCCCGCACAAAGCCGAGAGCGUGAAGGUUGCGCGCCAGCUCGAUGCUGAGUCCAUCGUCCUCCUCGAGAACAAGAAGCAGACUCUGCCCCUGAAGAAAGAUGCCCACAUCGCCGUUAUCGGGCCCAUGGCCGACUUUGUCAACUUUGGCGACUACGUCGUCUACCGCUCGCAGUACAACGCGCAGAACGUCAAUCCCCUCCAAGGCAUCCGCAACGCGUCUACAGGCACCGUGACCUACGCCCAAGGCUGCGAGCGCUGGUCCAACGACGAGUCCGGCUUCCCCGAGGCCGUCUCCGCCGCUGAAGCCGCCGAUGUCGCCGUCGUAGUGGUCGGCACGUGGUCGCGCGACCAAGGCGAGCUCUGGACUGGCCUCAACGCAACGACGGGCGAGCACAUCGACGUGAACGACCUCAAGCUGGUGGGCGCGCAGGCGAAGCUCGUCAAAGCCAUCAUCGACACGGGCAAGCCUGUCGUGGUCGUCUUCCAGAGCGGCAAGCCCGUGACGGAGCCGUGGAUCUCGGACGAGGCGGCGGCGCUGGUGCAGCAGUUCUAUCCCGGCGAGCAGGGUGGUGCUGCGCUCGCGGACGUGCUCUUCGGCGACGUGAAUCCCUCGGGAAAGCUCUCCGUGUCGAUUCCCCACGAUGUCGGCAGUCUUCCCAUCUUCUACGACUACUUGAAUUCGGGACGGUUUGCUGGGGGCUCUGCUCCCAACCCAGGAGAAAUCUACGACAACGGGACGUUGAAGUUUGGCAGCUCAUAUGUGUUUGGCACCCCGGAGGCUCUUUACGAUUUCGGAUACGGUCUCUCGUACUCCAACUUCACGUACUCGAACGUCAGCGUGUCGAAGAGCACGGUGUCGGCGGACGAUACCAUCACUGUGAGCGUCAGCAUCACCAACGCCUCGCCUGUCGAUGGAAAGGAAGUGGUGCAGUUCUAUGUACAGGACGUGAUCGCCUCAGUUGUGGUGCCGAACAAGCAGCUCAAGGGUUUCAAGAAGGUGCUCGUCAAGGCUGGUGAGACGGUCGAUGUCAGCGUCGACCUGGAGGUCAAGGACUGGGGCCUCUGGGACAUCAGAAUGAAGUAUGUGGUGGAGAAGGGCGACUUCAUCGUGCAUGCGGGGUCGAGCUCUCGCGAUUUGAGGGGCAAUGCGACGGUGACGGUGUCGUGAUGAGGCUGAGUCGGGCUUGGGUAUUUCUUAGCACAACAGAUGCCAUCUUGAUUCUUGACCGAGACUCUUGUAUUGCUACCGAC